UUACAUGAACAGAACUACAUUAGAAGUCAGCUCAUGAUUUACUUGCUAUUCUCUGAUCUGUUCAUAAUCUGUGAGGCUUUGGCUGUGAACGAACAAAACAAAGCAGUGUGAGAACAAUUACUGAACACUUUCUCUUUUCAAGGAGAAAAUCAGCUUUAACAGCUUUCAUGCACUAAAAGAGUAAAUAUCUUCGAAUGGGUCUGGUUUUCUUCCUAUUUCUUGAUGUAUUUGUGUGUAGAGUUUGUCUCCUCCCUCAUCUCUUCUUGAAGUGUGAAAAGCAGGAAGUGUCUGAUUUAGUUCAAACAGUCUGUUAAUGUGUCAGUAUGGGCUCCAGUGCACUGUCUCUCACACUCUUGCUGAUGUCCUUCAUCCACUCUGGACUCACUCAAGAUUCACCCGAUUCUACUCUGACUGUGACUCCAGACAGUCCUGUAUUCACUGGAGAGAGAGUGAUUCUGAAGUGUGUGAUUGAGUCUUACAGAGACUGGACAUUGAGAAAUUACAUGAUUGAUGACCGGACACCUGAGUGGAGAUAUUACAGAGACUGGAGAUAUGUGUGGUAUAAAGGCAGUGUAAAGUUACAGUCAAUCAGUCGUUACACUGUAAACACAGACACUCUCACUAUCAAAGCAGUAACUACAUCUGAUGAGGGUCAGUACACGUGUAGAGGACGGAGAGAUAAAAGACCAAACUCAUCACAAUCAAGCUCUGUUUCUCUCACUGUGAUGGAGAGACCAGAAGCUGUAGUGAAGGUGUCUCCAGAUCAGCGUGUGUUCAGAGGAGAGACAGUCACUCUCACAUGUGUCAUACAGAGAGGAGGAGACAUUCAGUGGACAUACAGCUGGUUUAAAGAUGGUUCAGUCAUCAGAGACGUCACUGAGAGAGUCUUCACCAUCACAUCUGUGUCUGAUAGAACUGAAUACAGCUGUAGAGGAGAGAGAUCAGACUCACAGACAUCACACACCAGUGCUGCUCUUACACUGACUGUAUCAGACUUACCCAAAACUGAACUGACUGUGGAUCCAAAGAGUCCUGUAUUCACUGGAGAGAGAGUGAGUCUGAAGUGUGUGAUUGAGUCUUACAGAGACUGGAGAUAUGAGUGGAAUAAAGGCAGUGUAAAGUUACAGUCGUCUGAGCGUUACACUGUAAACACAGACACUCUCACUAUCAGAGCAGUAACUACAUCUGAUGAGGGUCAGUACACGUGUAGAGGACAGAGAGAUGAAAGACCAAACUCAUCACAAUCAAGCUCUGCUGUUUCUCUCUCUGUGACGGGUGAGUUUAAUAUCAUUGUCCUCAUAAACUCUCUCUGCUGCAAGGAAAUCAAAUUAGUUUUGCAUUUUCCAUUAGUUUUUAUUUUUAUUUUGUUUUGACUUUUUUAAAUAGUUUUUAAGUGGGUUUGCUAGAUUAGUUUAGUUUUUAUUUUUUGAAAAUGCUUCAUUUUAGUUUAGUUUUUAUUAGUUUUAGUUUUAGUUUGUCAUAAUUUGGGUUAUUUGUCAGGGGCAAGAUUCAAAAAGGUCAGAAAAAGUAUUGUGUAAUUAUAACUCAACGAAAACAUCAUACAAUUUUAGAAAAUGUUCAUUCAAAAAUAAAACCAGUACAUAAAAUGUACACAUGGGCACAAUUUGUGAUGAUUCU